CCAUACCCAGCUCCUUGUCUCAAAAUGUUACAAAAAUUUUUAAAUGGCUAGGGGUGUAGCUCAGUGGUAGAGUGUUUGCCUCGGAUGCACGAGGUUCCGGCCCCAGAACCACGAAUAAUAAUAAUAACAGGCAGAAGCCAUGGGGCUGUGGGGGAGGAGGCAAUUCGCCAAGGCACACGUGAGACAGGUCUUCUGACUUCUGAUCCAACACCCACUGAACAUGGGGGCAGCGGAGGGGCAUGUGGAACCCUCUUGGAAGAGUUCAGAGUGCCAGCCUGUGUGCCCAAGCCUCCGCCCUACCAAGAAAAGCUGGAUCUGUCCCAGGGCAGGGCAUAAAGUCGCCAGCAACCCUUCACAGGAACCAAGGAACAUUGAGCUACGGCGCCCCCUGGCGGACAAGUGCGUCAGCACAGUGCGGAGCGGAGGCUGUCCUCUGAAGAGGGGUUUCCCGGGCAGCGGCGCCCCUGGCCGGCCGGGAAGGGGACGGCGCGAGGCAGUGGAUGGAGAAGGCGCCCACGGGGGACCGCUCCCGACGCCUGCCACGCAGCGAUCUUCAGCCCAGCCAGGCUCGGGGCAAGGCAGUGAGUCCUGGAACGCGGACUCAGAUGGUGGACGAUGGCGAGGACAGGGCUCUGCGCGGGGAGCCCAGGCCAGGGGCGGCACUGGGCCUGGCUCCCAGGCAGAGGUCACGGGCCCGGGUCUGCUCUUUCCUGCCAUCGCCCGGCCUGGCCAUGGAUCAGGUAUCCGACACCUGGGACCCAGAGUCACCUGCGAGGAAACCCAAUACCCUUGGGCCCCGGGUCCAGCUGCCACUGCUACCAGCAAACAGGGCUUCGGAGGAGGAGACCAUGCCAGCUCCGGACUGCGCCCGUCUGCGGCCAUGCACCUCCCCACUGCUCACCUCCUGCGCCUCCUGCUGCUGCUGAGCACAGGGGACGCCGGGCCCCGGGCCCAGGCCCCUCCACAAGGCUGCUACGUGGCCGAGGAGGCGGGUGAGCGGACGUUCCGCUGCAGCCAGGCGGGCCUGAGCGCCGUGCCCGCAGGCAUCCCCAACGACACCCGCAAGCUCUACCUGGACACCAACCGGCUGGAGUCCGUGCCCGCCGGCGCCUUCCAGCACCUGUCCACCCUGCAGGAGCUGGAUCUCUCCCACAACGUCCUCGCCCACCUCUCGGGGGCGGCCUUCCGCGGCCUGGCGGGCACCCUGCGCCGCCUCGACCUCUCCGCCAACCAGCUGGCCUCGGUGCCCGUGGAGGCCUUCGUGGGGCUGCAGACCCAAGUGAACCUGUCCGCUAACCCGUGGCGCUGCGACUGCGCCCUCCAGGAAGUGCUCGGGCAGGUGACGCUGGCGCCGGGCACGGGCACGGGCAUCGUGUGUGACUCCGGAGCCCGACCAGACCUGGUGGGGCAGGAGUUCCUGCUGCGGGCCAGGGAGGAGGACCUGUGCGGCCUGAGGCCCGGCAGGGCACAGCGGGGCGCCGACGUGGCCCUGCUGGUCACCAUGGGCGGCUGGCUGACGCUCGUGGUGGCCUACGUGGCCCGCUACGUGUGGCAGAACCGCGAUGAGAGCCGGCGUCCUCUCAAGCGGGGACCCGCGCUGCCCGUGCACUCAGAGAACUCGUCCACCCUCAGCACGGUGGUCUGACAGCCGGGCCAGGGCCGGGGCCGGAUGGGGGGGGGGUCGGGGGGGCACCCGCUUUCCUCUCCCUUCUCUCCUUGGCCCUCUUCUGGCUGCCUUAAAUACCAAUCGCCGCCCCCCCCAUGCACACACACUCACAUGCACACACUCACGUGCACACUUACAUGCACACUCAAUGCACCCACUCGCGUGCACACAUAUGCACACACUCACGUGCACAUGCACAUACACACAUGCGCAUACUCCCACACGCACCCCAUCUUUGGUCCCUGGGUUUGGGGGCCCCCCUCUGUGCGGUUGGGGGAGCCCGGGCAGAGGGAGGGAUUGAUCAAGCUGGAGAGGGGAGAGGCGGGGAAGCUGGGGUGCGGGUGGAUGGAGCAGGCCGCUGUGGGUCCCUCUCUGCGCCUCCGCCUCUCCCGGGCCCUCCUCUCGCUUCCCAUGGACCCCUCUCCUGUGCCCUCUGUUGGGACCCUGUCUCGGGGUCCCCUACUUCCUCUCCCCCCUCCCCGUGCCUCUGCCGUCUCCUGUGUACGCUGAGGGGUUCCCGAGCUCGACCCUUCCAGGACCAGGGUCUCCUCUGAGACGGAGGUGAGGAUGGUGGCGGGAGCUGGGACCCCACAGCAUCGCUGGGCAACCCAAUAAAGUCCCUUCCGUGACGCUCCCAUCUUUCUCUGCCCCUUCGGUCCGACUUUGUGGCCUGGCAGUGGGCACAAGCGGCAGGGGUGCGGCACUCUUCUGGCCCCCGGAGGUGGGGGCUCCUCGCUAGGCACGCCAACGUCCUCUCUCCCCGCCCCUGCACCAGACCCUACGUGCUGGGGCAGCCAGGACCCUGAAUUAUUGAUGAUGGAACCGCAAGGCUGGAGCAGGAGAGGGAGCCCGGAAGGAGGCCCAGCGGGAGCGGGGUGAGAGGCAGCAGGGCCCCGGGAGGUUGGUACUGCUUUGGAAGCUCAAAUUGGAAUCCAAGAUAGGAACCCCUGAACCAGGGCUGCACCCUAGGGCAGCGUGGCUGUUGCCUCAGGAUGGCAGAGAGGAAUCCAUUCCUUCCGGCCCGAGCAGCGAGCAGCGAGCAGCGAGCAGCGAGGAGGGAAGAGCAAAGAGCAAAGAGCGAGCUCAUCCAACGCUGACACCAACCUGAUUCUCAGCGGGAUUCUCGGGCAGGAAGGGACCCAGGGAGGACGGCUUUGCCCGUAGGCCCGCUCGGGGGGUCCUGCUGCUCCACCAGCUCCCCGCAUCCCUGCCCUCUCCAGCCCCGGGAAGCAGAAACGGCAGCCAGCGACGGUGAGGGGGACAGACAUGGGGGUGAGGACUGCAGGACAGCUGCCACAGGACUCACCUUCCCUCCGCCCACCCUGUGGGUCCCCAAGUCAAAACUCGCGGGGAAGAUGCUCAUCCCGGGAGACGGGCGGGUCCCGAGCCUCUGGGACUCCUCGCGCCUGCCCGGUGCUUACCCAGGGAGCAGGCAGGCCCCUGGCGUAGCUGCCUCCACUGUGACAAGAAGCCGAAGAUGCCCCCGGAAGGAGAGGGGGGCCGAGUCCCUGGGGCUGCCCCGGGCUCGCAGAGCUCUGCCAGGUGGGUCCCCUCCC